CAUUCUUCCUCUUCCCCCAUGCCUAAAAUCGAUAUCAGCGAAUUCGACCAGCAGCGGGCAAAGCUCGCCUCCGGGCUCAUCGCAUGUGCCGAGCAGCUCAGGAAUACUGCCCAAAUCGCGGAGGACUUUGCCAAAAUUCUCGGAGGUCUCGACGGCGAAAAGGGUAAACACAAGGAUCAUGGCCUCGAGGACGGGGACGGGGGCAAGAAGCGGAAACGUGCCGCAAAGCCCAAGGAUCCCAACGCACCCAAACGCCCCGCGUCUUCCUAUAUCCUCUUCCAGAACGAAGUCCGCAACGAGCUCAAGAGACAGAAUCCCAACCUGACCAACCCCGAACUCUUGACUUUGAUUUCGGAGAAGUGGAAGAACAUGACGGAUGAACAGAAGGAGACCUACAAUCAGCAAAUGCUCAAGGCCAAGGAGGAGUACUCCCAGGCGAAGAACGCCUAUGAUAACCGUUCUCCAGAGGAAGUCGAAGCUGCGAACAGGGCAGCCGCGGAAGCAGCAGCGUCCAAAAAGGCAAACAAGGGUGCACGAGGCAAAUCAAAUAAAGAAUCUGCUCCUGCCGCACCACCGCCCCCAGCGCGUGAGGUGGAGCCAGAAGAAGAGUCUGACGAAGAGGAAAGUGAAGACGACGAUGAAGAAGAAGAGUCCAAACCCAGCAAACAACAGUCCUCGAGCGAAGAAAGCGACUCCAGCGAAGCUGAAUCCGAACCUGCACCAAAAAAGCGUCGCGCUGAAUCCGACAAAUCCUCAAAGAAGUCCUCCAAGAAGUCCAAGGCAUGAUCCUCAUGGCUACCCCAGCUCAGUUGAGCUUUGUCUGUCCGCGCUGCUGCACCGUCCGUUCGCCAUGCACUGCCCCUUCGCUGCCCUUCAUCCCAAUUCUCAUGCAUGAGAGGGCUCGUUGAUAUCACCUGGCACUUUUUCCCGAACCGUUUUUAUGAUGAUGUGUCCGUUAAAGAAGAUUGAUGAUG